AUGAUGGUACAUUUGUUUUCUUUUAAUUAAAACAUUCCUAGCACAUACCCGACGCAAACUCCCAGGAUAUCGUCGAAGAACGUGCUAUUAAUGAAGAAUAUAAAAUUUGGAAGCGAAAUACUCCAUUUCUUUAUGACAUGCUCAUGUCCCAUUGCUUGGAGUGGCCUAGCCUUUCAGCCCAGUGGUUACCAACAGUUGAACGGUAGGUUUCUUGCUUAUUUUUGGAUGUUCUUAGAACUGCUGAAGAUUACUCGGUACACCGGCUCAUUCUGGGAACACACACAUCAGACGAGCAAAAUCACUUAUUAAUAGCAACAGUGCAUCUUCCGAACGAUAAUGCUGAAUUUGACGCUAGUACAUACGAGUCAGAGAAAGGAAAUUUUGGUGGAUUCUAUUAUCCGUCGGGAAAACUGGAAAUAACCAUGAAAAUUAAUCACGAAGGCGAGGUCAACCGUGCGCGUUACAUGCCUCAAAAUCCGGACGUAAUUGCAACCAAAACACCCAGUGGCGACGUCCUCGUUUUUGAAUAUCCCCACCACCCUGUCCGAGCGCCUGCCGAAAGAGGAUGCCAACCGGAUUUACGACUGAAGGUAAGGCUUUAAACUUGCCCACUUAGACGUGGUUUAGUGAUAUUUUUUAAUUUUAACAUUGAUUAGUCUUGCUCAUUUUCCCAUUAGUCGGAAUUACCAGACAAUUAGACACAUUUAAGACAUUUCGAAGGUUUAAAUCUCUUUCGGAUUUGGGAAGUCUGAUGGAUUAAAAACCUUUUACCCCCAAAAGUCCGAAUUUUCGAUUGAGACGUAAUGCUAUUCGAAAAAGUGAGGUUUCUUGACAGCCCAGACCCAUCGGAAAUCUGCAAGGAUUUCGAGUCCGAUAUGAACGGUCGGAUGAUUAGGAGUGGGAGAAAGGGUGGCAUAAGAAGAAUAUUAGGUUGGGACAGGAAGGUCAGUUUACACGGAGCUGGGUGGGAAAACAUAUCCUAACUUCGGCAGAUUUCUUGCGAAGUAGUACUUCCCGGCGCCAAAGGAUUCACUACCGCCACCCAGGAAUCAAAUAAAACAAGUUCCCAGGGGCUCAUGAACUAUGACUUCCUGGCUGCUAGUCGAUAGCGUCUCUAAGCUUACAUUUGCCUUUGAGAAACAAAACUACGAAGGAUGGGGAUAUGAAGCCUUAGACUAUCGCCAGGCGGAUUUUGAAAUCUGCAUCUGUGUGCUGAGCAAUUUUUGUGAUGUCGGGAGGGAUAGAAUUUAGCCGAUAGCUGACAAGAAAGGAUGCGAAGUCCAUCAAAGUAUUCUUCUUCAUGAUCUUCUGUGAGCAUGGAUAAGCCGUCAACAACUGACCCAAAGUCUUAAGUUUUAGUCGGUCCAGGCCUUUGUAUCGCCCCAUAUAUGUUCGGAGACCGCAGGUUACUAAUCACCGGAGCUGCCUGCGGUCAUUUUUUUCUUUUGGCACCCGUCUGAUUUGGCCGGCUCAGAGAGUCGGUCUAUCGACACCGGUACUGGGUGGAUCUUUGAUCUCAAAAGCGGUCUACUUUGGACCAGCACCGGAUAAACGGCCACUCUGAGCACUCGGGUUUUUUCCCCGUUCUCAUCAACAUCGAACUGCCAUCAUCCUCAUACACAUUUUUAUCUAUGAAGAUACUGUUCUGGUUUCCAGGAUACUUCCAGUCAAUAGGGGCUGCGAGGAUAAGGACGCUAGUCACCGAUCAUCAUAUCAUAUUCAGCCACUUUCUUAUCUAAUCACUCGACUGUGAUGCAAUGAAUCUCCACAACUGUAUGUCUAUUACCCAAGCAGUUUCCCUACAUAAUGACUGAUUCUUCUACCGGUUAGAGCCUUUGGUCGGGAGCCGCCUUCUCAGUAUUGUUGGUUGUACAAGAACAAGGGGGCGAACGCGUUACCUUUAACAGUUACGUUGGUGGACCUGUUUCUUUCCUCAUGACAACAAAUUUGUCGAUCUGCCUCCUCAUUUAGACAAUCUAGUAGAAAACGCCUCUCUGGGAGGGGUUUAGAAAUCGAGCACUAAUGUUUGACUCUGGCCUUCCGGCAGAAAUUGAACUUAUGCCCACCCUAACGGUAAAAAGCAUAUUGAUGGUUACAGCUAUGGCACUGAAUGAAGCCCCCUUUGCUUCCAGGUUGGUAGCAUAUCCGCCAGCGAAAUUAAAAUUCUUCCAUUACAUACAAAACAGGUUUUCUACGAAGCAUGCCAAUUUUAUAGAAAAUCUUCACACAAAAGUGACGUUCAUCAAUCUUUUCUGGUUGCCAAACGGAAUACAGGCGAUCACUUUUUCUCUAGAGCUUUUGUUUGGAGCUCUUUUAGGAGAUCGUAUGACGACGUUUAAGACAGUAAUCUAGUUGUUCGGUUGACAGGGCCAAGGGGAACUGAGGUGAUAAUUUCCGGCUUAUUUUCUAUCAGUCAUAACCAAAUCCUGGUCUGUGAACAUUUAGAAUUUCAACAUGGACAAUUUCGUUGGUGAGCUAUUAGAAAAUAGUGUUAUUACACAGGUGAACUCUUUUCUCCCAGGAUAGGUAAUAUACUCACUAUUUGGGUGCUGCAGGGGCGCCGAGGACUGAGGGCUGCCUUAUAAAAUAGCAUAACACUGUAUGAUGGCACAAUAGCAUGGAGACCGUGAAUCGCCAGGAAAUAAGUUAACUUUCCAACACUGCCUCCCGGUUAGGUUCUUAAGCCGUGGCGCUGGAGAUGGCUGUUGAGGACCCGCCCUUUUUCAAAUUUUCCCAGUCUACAUGACAGUAUCCAGUUUCAAUACUACAAUCCAAGCUAUAGCAUCCACGAGAACUGACGCACUCAUCAACCCUGGAGCAGUGGCGCGGCAAAUAGCACGCGAACUGUGCUGCUCAUUUGUAACGGGCCAUUGUUGUUAGAGACUGGGAUCCACAAACGUUCCUUGACUCUGAUAUCCGAAAUCUGCCGGAAUGCAAUGUUCAUCAGUACCAUAAUGAUGUCUACCGCCUGUCUGAAGGCAGACUCCCAGGCUUGAGCUUUUGAAAAAUAUGGGUUUUAGAGAUCAACCUCCACUCCAUUUUCUACCACAACACCACUCCUGCGGACAUCAUGUGGCUAUCGCCCUCACGACCAGUGAGUCAUGUUUUGCCUGUGUUGGAACCAGUAAAUAACCGCCUAGCGCACGUACGACCGAAGAAGUACCCUACCAAAAUCUCUGUUGUUUCCUUGUACACAAAACACCUGCUGACCGGCGCGACAAAGGAACUAUUUGCACGCAGCUGUUAGAACUGAUUACAGGAACCCAUCGCUGCUUGUUUCUGGUAACUUGAAUGUUCGGGCUGGGCCAGCCGACUCUUCAAAAAACAACUCAAUAAAGCCUUUUGGUUAUGGUUCUGAAUGCGGCAGCGGUGAAAUAAAAUUGCGCAUUGCUGACCGGAACUGUUUUGCUGUCUCCAACACGUGCUUUCAACAUCGCCAUGAACAUUUAGUGACCUGACAUUUAAACGGUGGUCGUGCGAUCGCGCAUGUGGACUACAAAGUUGCCUCAAGGUUUUGUGGCUAACUGCAUGAUGGCAGGUCGAUGCGUGAUGCCGGAACUUUUGAGUACACAAUGUGUUCGUUCGCACACACCUGAAACUCCACCUCUUACAUGCCCCCUAAUUGCCUCCUGCAAGAUUCCUUGAUGUCUAAAAAUUCGGACAGACCAACACAGUGGAACCCCAGAGCACAUAAAUUCUGACCUUGCCGUACAGCUUGAGUCGAAGGCGUUAGUAAAUGUUCAUCACUGAGGUCCCCAGUUCGCGAGUCAGGUAUGAGGGUGUUUGGGUUCACACCAUUUAUGUGAUGGCCAGAUCAGUUGAAGAACCUUCAGUUGUGCUCCGGUUAGCCCUCACAGCAAUGAUUCCAUCACACCGAGUCUGGAAAAUGACUACCAAGUUGGCUAUAGACGACUGCGGAAACUAGUGGACCACAAGCGUCGAUGAUAAUCGAAGACUCUGUUAACUGGUUCACCAAGUUAGUGGCGGACUCGGUGUGAAUGAUGGCCUUAUUGCCGACAAUUCGAUCAUUCUCAAGCGCUGGGGUGAGCACUUCGACUGUCCUGUCAACUCUGACAGCCAACCUGCAACCACCAACCUUUUUCCCUCUUCCCUGGGGUUGGGGUUCAUUCAUCUCCAGCCGUCGCAAGGCCGUGUUCUCCACCCCUUCAGAAAAAGUCCCGCUGCAAUUCUGAGGUUACACAACGGCGAGGCGUUCGGAAAGGGGAGUAUCCCUGUCAAGGCCAACAAGUAUUGUGUCAAAACUCUGGCUCUCUGGCUCCAUGAAGUGAUGGAGUCAACGUGGGAAGAUGAGAUCGUUCCUAUAGACGGGUUCGGUUAUCUUAAUGUAUGUCUUCAAAAAGUGGUUGGGAAAAGUGCGAGGACCAUUGCGCAGUAUAUGCAAUUGACGUUGUCGUACAGGUCUUUGCCAUUGUUAUUCUCGGACUAUCUCAGAGCAUGCUACUUUAGAACGAGACAACAAGGCCGAGUUCCGUGCUGGACAUGGAUGAACCGACGAGAUAUCUACAAUGCGACACAUUACUGAACUUCUACAUGACUACCAGCACCCAAUGGCUGUCUGAUUUAUUUACUUCACUGCAGCUUUUGAUGCCAUUCGUUGCGAGUCCAUGUGGUAGAUAUUGAGAUUAGACGAUGCAUUGGCCAAAAUCGUCACUGCUCAACAUUGUGCGAGUUCCGGUCCAUUACCGAUCGUCAGAUAAUUGGUCUAGGGUUCAAAAGUGUAUCCUAUCGCCCAUUUCUUCUAACUGCGUCACUCACUGAAUUUUCAAGAAGAGUGUACGCGAUUUUGACGUCGAAUUUCGCCGGGACGCCGACUGUUUGACCGCCACCACGUUUAAGAUGCUUUGAUAACGAAAGGUUGAAAGGAUCUAUGGAAUGCUGUAUUGGGUGAACACAGUUACUAAAUCAAUCGGUUUAUCCAUCGACUUUACAAAGGCCAGCAUUUUUCCAAGCUGCAUCGUCUCGAGAUUAUUGACCGCAAGCCUGAAGAAGUGAACUGUUCCAGAUAUAUCGGAGCGAAGUUGCUGUCAGGCGGACUGAAUAAGGAUGAUAUCACAGCUCGACUGAAUGCUGCUCUCGGAGUUUCGCUGUAUCUGAAGACAUUGGUGGGCCCGACGCGGUAUCUCCACCGCCACAAAGACCCACAUGCACCGGCCAUUUUUCCGAUACUUCCUCGUGCACGGUUACUAGUACUGGGCGGCGUGCAUGAAAGACUUACGAAAAUAGAGGACGUCUGACCAUUUUCGACUGAGAGUCAUCCUUCGGAGGAAGUGUGCCGACCUCGUCUCCAGUAAGAGACCGUUUUCACUCGUUGCAACGAUAGCCUCAGGAUAUUUCUAGUCAUUCAAAAGAUGACUGAAGUAGUUUGGUUACGCCCGUUAGAUGCUCAUCACAUGAGUUCAGUGCUGUUGCUCUUGAUCUGGCAUCGCAGCCCAUCUGGAGUGCAUAAUCUGGCUCAGCACAGUCCUCAGGGAUAUUGAAGUGCUUCUUGAACACUUGCCAUUCGGUCUUGGACGCUGAAGAAGGGGGUUGGAGCUAGCUCUCCACAUCCACUUCUGAGGUUGUCCAGCUCAGGCAUGCCCGCAGUCAUACCAAUAGGGAGUACAAAUCAGUGGUCAAGGUGGGAGUCCCCUUCACUUGUACAUACGAAGAUAGGUCUUCCUUAAAAAAUGCGAAUUUCCCAGAAACAUAUGGAAAAUUGACAAAUUAACCCACGAGUGUGUACCACUCAUUGCAAUGCAGGUCGUUUGCCAAAUUUAAACCGCAUACCCAAUCUCCAGAUUUCCAAGUGUGUGCAUGUUUCUUACACAUUGCCAAGUUUUGUUGUCAAUGUUGUAGUCUUUUCUUCCUGUGUCUGCCGUACUUUGAGUCUCGAGUCAUUGAACGUUCUCCAUUUUUUAGGGUCAUCAAAAAGAGGGUUAUGGCCUCUCCUGGAAUGCCACUCACCACGGUCACUUGCUGUCCGCCUCUGAUGAUCAAACAAUUUGUCUUUGGGACAUCUCCGCCACACCGCUUGACUCACGCUGUGUUGAUGCGAUGGCAAUUUUUACUGGACAUCAUUCAGUAGUUGAGGAUGUCGCCUGGCACCUCAUUCAUGGCCACAUCUUCGGUUCGGUGGCGGACGACAAUAAGCUCAUGAUUUGGGACACCCGCAGCUCUUCGCGAAGCAAGGCUCAGCAUCAAGUCGAUGCACACACCGCUGAGGUCAACUGCCUGGCCUUCAAUCCCUUCUCCGAGUUCAUUCUCGCCACGGGCAGUGCCGAUAAGGUGCGUAAUCCGGUUUUUUGUGUCAACUUGAAGGCGGCCCAUUUUAUGACAGUCUAACCAGAAAUCCGUGCUAUGCAGUAGGUGACCUAUUUCAUCGACUGAAAUUCUAAAUUAUGAUUUCGGUCAGCGAGGCUUACUUGAGUGGAGUUAUAAUGUUGAUUAUCAUGCAGCAUAAUCUCCAGACAUUCAAGUCACGCCAGAAUAUCUACAUUCAAAUGCGCAUCCUUCCGGCCGCCUGCAGAAAUUAUAUUAGCCUAAAUGAUUACUUAAAUAGUGUGAAUCUUCCUGGUUUUUGGUACCUUUACAAAUCCAAAUGUGUUUUUUUUAUAGAAUUCAUGCAAAAUACCCUUUUUGUACCCAUUUUGCAGAAAAUUAAUUUAAAUGUUCUGCUAGAAGAGAGGGCAUCUUUCUGUCCAAGGCAAAUCUGCAAUCUCGAGAGUACUGUUGCGUUGAAUAAAAAAAUUUGGAAGAGACGUAGUUUGCUACUAAUCAGUACAAGAAGUUGCUGUCGAACGCACAGAAUAAGGAUGACAUCAUUGCGAUAAUGAAUGCUGCUCGCAGUUCUGCUAUUUCUGAAGCCGUAGGUGGACCCGACGCGGUAUCUCAACCGCCACAGAGACCCACUUACUUGUACUUGAUACGGCUGCGAUCAUGCCUGAUCUAGCCGGCCUCGAUGAUAUCCCGAACUGUACCUCUCCACGCGUGACGAUCCGCGACAGCAGAUCUAGACAGCUCAACCCAUUCCCUUCGUCAACGACGGAGACCGAAUACCGAAGGUCCAAGAACCACCUCCAUGUCUUGACGGACAGUGUCGAGCCAGGUUUUGAACUGACCCCCUCUUCGACGCCUCCAAUGGGGCAACGGUGCCGGAUCGAGGGCAGUAACACUGAGCUCCUGAGGUGGACGACGAAGAACAUGCCCGAACCACCUCAGUCGUCUUUCUUGGAUGGCCUGAGUUAUCCUUGCGAUGUUGUCGCAACGAGCGCGGACUGUCUCAUUUGAGACGAAGUCGGUGAACUUCACUCGACGGAUAAUCCUGAAGCAGUGGUGGUCAAAUACCUCCAGUUUUCGCUCAUCUUCCACGCGCAAAGCCCAGCAUUCACAACCUUAGAGAGGGACAAACCGGACAGAUGCACGGUACACGCGAAUCUUAGUGGCGAUAGAGAGGUCACGCCGGUUCCACAGGCAUUUCCGAAGGCUUGAAAACCAGCGGGCAGCAUCGAUUCGGGAAACAAUGUCGUCCUUACUCUGUGCAUUAGGCAGCAGCCUUGCCCCGAGGUAUUUAAAACUGUCCACUUCUUCAAGUUGACAGCCAUCAAUCCCCAGGGGUGCCUUCCCCUGGUCAGGGAUGCAGCUUGAGAAUACUUUGGUCUUCCCAGCGUUUAUGGACAAACCGACAGAGACCCACGUGCACAGGAAAUCUGUCCGAUAUUUCCUCUUGUACGGUUACUAAUACUGGGCGGCGUGCAUGAAAAACGUACGAAAAUAGAGGGCGUCUGACCAUUUUCGGCUGAGAAUCAUCCUUCGGACGAAGUGCGCCGACCUCGUCUCCAGUGAGAGAUCGUUUCCACUCGUCGCAACAACAACCUCAGGAUAUUUCAGCUCAUCCAAAAGACGACUGAAAUAGUUUGUUCACGCCGUGCGAGCAGCAUUCAUCCGAGCUAUGAUAUCAUCCUUAUUCUGUCCGUCCGGCAGCAACUUCGCUCCGAUGUGUUUGGAACAGUUCACUUCUUUAUGCUGGCAGUCAAUAAUCUCGAGGCGAUGCAGCUUGGAAAAAAUUUGGCCUUUGUAACGUUGAUGGAUAAACCGGUUGAUUUAGUAACUAUGUUUACCCAAUACUGCAUCCUAUAGAUCCUUGUAACUUCUCGCAUAAGAAUGUGGAUGAUGCAUUGCUUUAUUGAUCGGGAACCACCGAUAUUCAUCGACAUCAUUUCUUUCCACAAAACCGGUGAUUUUUGAUGUAUUUUUUAGACUGUAGCCCUGUGGGACCUUCGAAAUCUCCGCUUGAAGCUGCACUCGUUUGAAUCUCAUCGCGAUGAAAUAUUCCAGGCAUGUACCUCUGUUACUCUUCAAAUUUUUCCUCGUAAAAGUUUAUGGGACCCUCUUCUGUUCAAUCUUCACCAGCACAUCCCGCUGCAGCGGCCUCUGUUGAAACUGCAAAUCGAAAAAUAAGACAUGUUGGCAGCGACACGCUAACCAACUGCAAAUAUUUGUCAGGUUAUAGUGCCUACUUACAAAUUUUGAGUAACCACGUUUUUACACGUCGCUCAGGGCCUCGGGUUUUGUCAAUCUAAGGUCAGAUUGGGGUGUUUUGCAUAGAAUAAUUGAACGGCUUCAACAGUCUUUCAUUAUGUCUGCGUAUACGUAGUUUUCAAUGUUCUAAAGGAUAGUUUUUUUUCACAGGUUCAAUGGUCACCACAUAAUGAAACCAUUCUUGCCUCUUCUGGUACCGACCGACGGUUGCAUAUUUGGGAUCUCAGCAAGAUAGGAGUGGAUCAGACUGCAGAGGAUGCCGAGGACGGUCCACCAGAACUUCUCUUCAUCCACGCCGGCCACACAGCCAAGAUAUCUGAUUUCACUUGGAAUAUUAAUGACCCCUGGACCAUAUGUUCUGUUUCUGAAGACAAUAUUUUACAAAUCUGGCAGAUGGUAAGUCAGCUUGCCUGACUGUCUCUGUGCGAUGUGUACAUCAUUAUAUCGUCCUGCAGAUUUUUGAUUUGGAGAGAUAAGUGGUCAUCGGGGUUUCAGAAGUCUUGCCUGUGGCAGCUGAUGUUGUCAUAUUGGUAGUAAAAUAAGGUCGGUUGUUUUGCAGUGAAUCAUCUACUAGUUCAGAGGUGUAGACCUUUCACGACGGAUCUGUCUGUCUGAACUCCGUAUUGAUACACCUGAUAGCACUGAAUUUGUUGCACUAUGAGGGGCGGAGGUACCCUGGCGAUUCUCGUUCAGUGGCGUUGGAGUCAACCUGUUACACGGCUCUGAAUAGAAGAACAGAUUGCCCUUCUUAAUUUCCUCAGAAACUAAGUCGCGGACUUGACGCAAAUCCUGUGGAAAAAAGCUUUUUAUGGUGGAGGGGCGCCAUGUAAUAUUCACAAGCUGCCAGCAGGGAAUCAGUAGUAUACAAAUACUUAAUGAUUUUCUAUACUAACGGGACAGAUACAUGCGUGUUUAAGUGACCUUGUCCGGCUAAAUGACGCGGCUGCGAGUGGGUUGGCUCGUCAGUGCGUCCUCUAGCCCCCCAUGUGCCUUCUGCUAUGUGAACUCCGGUUUCCAUGCUGUCCUUUUUAUUUUCCUCGGAUCAGCGAAACACACGUACAGUACGUAAACUAUUUCAUAAAACUUGGUGACAGAAUCUGAUGUGAGAAUUUAGGACGUUACGCAUUUGCUUGUCCGCUCAGCCUCCUUUAGGAAAUGUCCUCGUCUUGUGCAGAAAUUGUGUCCACGUAUUUUUUUCGGGCAAAAUGUUCAUAAAUUUGGUCAAAAAUGGACGUCGCGUUAUACUCGGGCAAUUUCCUACGUAAAUACCUGCUCUGGACUUCGGUUGCCCAUCUGAGCGGGUUUUUCCUUGGAAGGAGAGUAAUUUCCUGCAGAGAGUUUUAAUAGACAGAGGUUGCCGGACUUGAACAUUAAUUUUUUGUCCGAUGGUAACCGUGGUAAUCAACUUCACAAAACAAAGGUUAUUUCAAGAAAACCAGGUGUUUUGUGGAUUUACAGAAUUCAGACUAGCAGAUCAGUGCGAUUUUGUACCCUAAAGUGAACUAAUAACGCACACCGGCAAUCCUUCAUUUAAAUGGGCUAAAAUUGUUUUGCCGUUUGGAAAAUCCUACGUGUUGUCACAGGAACGACCGCCACCAAACUGUCAUUUUCAGCUCUGAACAUAUUAAAUAAUACUUUUUGUGCGGUCUAGCUUCCGCACACACCUAAUUCAGAAAGGGAACGAACAAAACGUUAACAUCUGCCAUACAUUCAUAAUCGUAGGAAGAAGUCUAAAGUUGAGCAAAAACAAUUAAAAUAGCCGCAAUGUAAGGAAAAAGACAUGUUUUUUCGUUUUCGGUCGAAAAAUGUAAGUAUCUUUUAGCAAAGUGAAAGAAACGGCCGAAAGUGUCAAAUUUUCUCUUGGUCUCAUUCUGUAAAAAAUUAGAGUACUCAGACAUCCGUCAACGGAUUGCAGUAUCAAAGCACUCCUUAUAGAGAUAAUUUAUUAAAGAAAGUUUUCUAAUUAAUCUAAGGCAUAUUCGUUGUUGACUUUUGUUGCGGACGUCAUUUUCAUUCGACGAUGAGGGUUCCUGUUUUCGUGAGCCUUCAAAUGUGACCCAGAUGACGUUCUAAAUGAAAAAGAAAGUCCGAGCACUCGCUACUUCGGUAAAUGCCCCCAGAAAGUGCCUUUUUUAAAGUUUUUAACAGACACAUAAUACAGAAUCAGUCCUUAUGGGCGAUCGGAUGUAAACACCGAAAAUCGUGAAAUAUUCAUCGAUAAUUCUAGGCUGAUCUGAAACUCAACGUAAUUCUGAACUAACAAGAAGCGCAAAUUAAUUUAACUAAAGAAAAAGUUCUUUUUAUAAACACAAAAUUUCAUGCUUACGAUUACACAUGUCAAUUCUAUUUAAAAUUAUUUGACACUGGUCGGAACGGAAACAUUUGACCUUAUGAAAACUUUUGUUCCUAUGAUGUACCUGUCGGCAAAAUCAAGCGAAAUCUUGAUUUUCUUAUUGAACCGCAUCUCAUUUAAUUCAAAAGACUAAAGGAUACCACGAAUCCUCGGGAAACUGUUUUUAAAUCUAUACUCAGAUUGUAGGCUGUUGGCAAAGCACCAUACCUUGAAUUACACUAAUUCCUAAAGAAUAUUUAAAUGUAAACUUCAUUAAAACAUUAUUUUUAACUGCUAUUCUAUUUGUGCUUUCAUAUUCACUCAGUUUUUUCCAUGGGCGGACGUUUUGAAAAUUUGAAAAUGAAGUUUGCUAAAUCGCAACCAUUUUGACCUUUUCGGGAUUUUGCGUUUACUAAAAAAGUGGCAUUUCCAAACAACGCAACAUUGCAUUUAUUAUUUAUUUCAUGCUUUUAAUUCUCCUAAAGUUGUGCAUUAUUGACAUGGUUAUUGGGUCCACGGAUUGGUGUCGGUUUGCGACGGAUUAGCAGUUAUUCGUAAAUUUCGACACAUUUCAUGAGUUAGGUCACCCAGUGUGCGUGUGCUUUAAGCUAGUACCUGUGCUGUCAGUAUGGUAAUUCAUUCAGUAAGAACAGAUUAUAUGAACGUAGUCGUAAAAGGUGACGACUUACAACUCCCAUGAUCCCCUGAUCGUCGGUUCAACGUCGACUUCAGUGAACUCUCCAAGAUACAUUGGUUUUGUUUCUUUUUAAACGCAUGACGUUGGGUGACUUAGCCCUUGUGAGUAGCACUACGGGCCUGGAGUCACACCAGACCAUUUGAUUUUGUACAUGACUGCUAUUCGGCACGCUCAGAUUGCAGUUAAUUUUGAAGCUCAUAGGGCAUUGACUGAAGACUGAAAAUAAAGGCUUCGGCGGAAGGGGUUAUUUUUAUGAGACUGCAGUUUCGAUUGCUAGGAUGUUGGCUCUUGGAUGGACAAUUUUUAAGCCGCCUGCAGAAAUCACACUCGCUGAAGACGAUUUCUCAAGUAGCGCAUAUUUUUUUCAUUGAUUUUUGACGCCUGUAUAAACCCAAUCAUAUUUUAUUUAAGAAACUAACAUAAAAUUAACUCUUCUCCUUCAGUUUGCAAAAGACUCCGUGAAGAAAGGGUGCUUCUCGCUCUUGAUUUUCUUAUCAAUUUGCAUUUUUUAACCACAAACCGUCACUACACUUACAUUAAGAGCCUCCAGCUUACACACCGUAUAUUUGGUCCAAGCAAAAACACAUGUCUCUUUAUGCCGUACGCAGUAGGUCGCCCAUUGCUCAUAGAAUUUUCUGGCAAAUGUGUUUCAUGAGGCAUUUCUCAGAAGUGUUUCCCUAACUAACGUGUGCAUACCUCGUUAUUUACAUAGUCGCGCAGGUGCUGUUACUCACAUAAUCAUGUCAACCCCUCAAUAUUCCUCGUGGUUUGAAAAUUUAUGAAAUGCUCAUACACUCCCCAAGCGCAAAAUUGAAGCAAAGCUUAAUUCCCUGCAAAAUAAAAACAAACAUGGACUUUCUGUGCUUCCCUUCAAAAUGUGAUUGAGUUCGAUGCCAAUAAAGAGGUGCUGCAUCCAGGUGCUAAUUUCUAAGAAGUAUAGUUUUUACUCUUGAUUUCUGGUUCUAGAGCCGGUACAUAGGUACUGCACGCAGCGGCAGCGGCCGCUACUGAGUCUUCCAAUCAAAAAAUAAGACCUGUUGGCUGCGACACACUAACCGACCUCAAGUGUUUGUCAGAAUUAAGUGCCUACUUACAAGUUUUAAAUAACCACGUUUUUACACAGCCGGGUUAUCCCAUCAUUAUCCCGCCUCUGAAACCACGACUCCGAGCUUGUCAGAUUGGACGAAAUUAGCGGUUUCUUCGGAAGAAAUGUUUUUCUGUGCAUUGGUAGACAACUUUGUCAACUUCAACCCUGCAGUUAUGAUGACGCACACGAUUGCACUUUUAGUCAAGAGUUUUGGUGCAUGCAAAGCCUUUCCGUCCAUCUGCCAUGCGCAGACGUUUGUUUGGUGACGUCAGCCACUGCGCCAGGCGCCCUGACUUCGUCCUGUCAGUGGCACAUCGUGUAGCAGUGAAACAGCUGAAACGCAGAAUUUGAGCGGAUCAGCACUGUGCUGUCAGGACAGUUGGUCUAGUUGGGCUAGUUAUCUGGUUAGUGGUGCUUCUCUGAUGGUGUGAAAGUCGGAUCGACCAUCACCAACGACGAUGUCUACCAUGGGCCUCACAGCGGCGUGGAUGCAGAACGGCGUGGACUUCUGCGUGAAUUAUUUUAUAAUGAUAAUAGGCUUUGGAAAGGGGCGCUCACCAAUCGUUGUCACGGAACUCACUCGUUCUGUUGUGCCUUACGGGCUCCCUCUCUCUCGAGCCCAACCAGCAGCCGCACAGCUGCGCAUGAUAUAGGCAGUAUGUUAUUACCGGCAAAGACAAGGGAGACUGGAAUGGCUAUUUCUGGCUUAUUAGCCGUCGCUAGCCAGUUAUACCCAACCCCAAAGUGUGGAACACCCGAGGCUCGAACUCGCGACCUGUUAGUUAGAAGUCCACGCCGCUGUGCCACUACUGGCUGGACUCGAGAGAGAGACCGUAAGGCACAAUGGAACGAGUGAGUUCCGUAACAACGAUCGGUGAGCACCCCCUUCCAUUGUGUAUUCCCGAUCAAAACCGACAGGUCAACGGGCUCGUGGCCCAGUGGUUAGAGGCGUGGACUUCUAACUAACAGGUCGCGAGUUCGAGCCUCGGGUGUUGCACACUUCGGAGGGGGGAGAGGGUUGGCUGAUGACGGCUAAUAAGCCGGAAAUGGCCAUUCCAGUCCCCCUUGCCUUUUUCGGUAAUAACAUACUGAUAAUAGGCUUGCACAGCGUCUGCCGCACUUCCUUCUCCCCCCCACAUUCCUGAGCCCGGUGUCUAUACAGAGUCAAGAAUACCGGAGGCGGGAUCGGAAGCAGCAACUGACAAGGCCGAACAGCUGGUCCGCCCACGAUGGAUCAGAUUUCCACAGAAACCAGACAGGGGACGGCUUGGAGCUCGACUAAUUGGGGAGUGCCAUGAAAGCCAAAUUAGGAAGGCGCCUGACUCCUUCCGGAGAGGGCUAAGUUAUCCUGCCAGCUGACAGUCCUCCAUGGUACGACCUUUAACGCAUCGUGAUUGUUUAAGAACUCGUCAGUUUGUUUAUAGUGAGAGAAUGCGCCGGGGUGCUGUGUAGACGGAGUCCCCCAGAGUCGACCUCACUCCAUUCCUUCUCUCAUACUUCAUUUCAUUGUUUGAACCAGUCAGCCAUCUGGUGCUGCCUUCUGUGGUACACUUACACCAACUGCAUAUACUUUUAGGGUUAGGGAGUGCAGUAUUCAGUCAUUUUGCCAUCAUGUCUUUUUUUCUGAAAACGCUAAGAAUAUUUGCUGCGAACUGUCCACCGCCAACAGCCGCCAAACUUUCACUGCAUUGCUGCUCAAGCUUCCUUUGGUCUUACAGAUUCCUUAUUUUCUCGCCUGCAAAACUUUCCUACGACAAGACUAUUGUCACGGGUUGGUCCUUAGAGUAGCCUUUUUGGUGAAACCCGGGUAGCCAGCCUAUUUUUUUGAGCUGGAAAAAGAAAGAAAUCUUGUCCAAUAUCAGGCCCGGUGGGGCGAUGACACUGCCCUGAGGACACAGCGGUGUGUUGUGUGUGUGAAUCGCACUGCAGUUAGACAGACUUACGCAGCAUCUGCCCUACCCACUUCUUCUUCCUACACUUACCGUGUUCCAAUGGUAAGAUAGGGUCAAGAUGGUGGAAACUAGUUGCAGGCGCAUUGACAGACGAGACCAAAUCUGCGUCUGAGCGUAUCACAGACACGUGUUAGUACUUAGCUUCAUACAGGCCAGUCUCCCACAAGGGAGCUCGUAUCUUACGUGUCUCAAAGCGCCAUGAAGGCUCUAUUAAUAAGGGACCUUGCCCAUUGGGUUAUCCUAUAACUUGCCAACCUCUGAAACCAUGACUCUUAGCUUGCCAGAUUGGACGAAGCUAACAGUUUCUUCGGAAUAAAUAUUUUCCUGAGAACUUCAACCUUGCAGUGAUGAUGGUGCACAGGCUUGCACUUUUAAGCACGAGUUUGGAUGCAUGCAAGGUCAUCCCCUCCAUCUGUCUUGCCUUCCCUGUCCCCUCCAUUCCGUGAUAUUUUUGACUAGAAAGCCGUCUUGUCCUCUGUCCUUAUCCGGCCCAUUUAAACAACCUCACUUUGAUGGCUACCCUUAAGCUCCAAUUCUGUUGACCCUAUCAAUCAUUUACCCGGAUGACAGUGGGAGACAAUACGACUACUGUAGCAGCCAGUUUUAGGGGCGUGAUUGCGUGCAAGACCAUAGAGCUCAAAUCGAACUGGAAAUGCCUUAAUUCGAGGUAAACACCACGCUGCGGAUGAACUAUAUGUUUCAGCAGAAAAAUAACAGUUACUGUUAAGAAUGUAAUCUUGCAACUUUUUAAAAUUCGACUUAGGUAGUUUAACCAAAGGGCAACGGUAUAGAGGAGAACCCCAUUUAACUGUCAGUGGACUGUGGAUCGUGUCAUAUGGGGUUUUAUCUUGGCAUACCUUUGCAGGCUGUUGCAGAAAUUACACUGCCAACAACGAUUACUUCCCACGAACUCCUACCUUAACCCGUUAUUUUGUGAAAUUUGCCUUUUGUUUAUUGUUUCAUUACUACUCCCAUUUCCAUCGUCGUACAAUAGCGUAGGAUAAGACUUUCGGCAUAAAUUCAGGUAAUUUCUGUGUUUUCUUUCAUUUUGUCAGCUUUCUAUCUAGCGUGCUGCCCCACCCAUAAAACUCCCUUUACCAUAAAUCACGUAUGGCACGAUCCACAGUCUACUGACAGUUAAGUGGGAUCCUUCUCUAUUUCGUUGCCAACCAAAAUACUCAGUAAUACUUGCAUGAAAAUCGACAAUGACGGCUUCUGACAUGAACUCCUUACUAUUGGCAGUCAGUAGCCCCUGUGAGCUCUUUUACUCAGUGUCGUUCGUUUGAAAGAAGGGGGCUUGAUCAACGGAUCGGUAGAUUUAUCCGUCUAAAGUUUUCAAUUCUGCAAACUGACGAGAUAACCCAACCCUCCCCUCAGUACGGAGCGUCAGGCUGCAAUGGUUCCUCCAAAAGGGGGCCUCUAUGGCCCUACCACUCAGUUGGGCUCCGAAACGCUCCUGGUCCUUUGUGUGUGUGUGUGUGGACCAGUGCGCGUGGUGGCACGCCUAGGUGUGCGUGACCGAUCUCAUGAAAUGUUGGCUGAAAUUCUGAAAUACGUUUUCGAUUAGGAAGGAUUACUCAAGUGGUAUUGCAAGAUUGAUUAACAUGCGGCAUAAUCCUAUAGUAUUUCGGACUCGCCAGGAUGUCGGUUUUUGAAUGAACUUCAUUUUGACCUGCCGUAGAAAGCGUACUCGGGAAAAAAAAUGACCACUUGAGUAGCAUGCAAUUUUCACAAUGAUUUUCGAUGAUCUUAUAAAUUGAAAUAUAUUUUAUAGAAAACGCGCACCGAGGUAUGCUUUCUUUCACUCUUUUGAUAGAGAAUCACGUCGUCUGUACAUUGCAUACCCUAAGAAAGUGUAUACUCAGGUUCUGAAAAAGUUCCCUAAUUCCUGAGUAUUUUUGGGUCUGAACAGCCGUAGCAUCGGCGCUUAGCAAUUUUAGUCUACAAGGUGUAUGCUUUCCGCCUAAGGAAAAUCAUAUACUCCUGUAUGUCUUUUAGGAGAUACCAUAUAGAGUUCAUAAAUUUUGAAAUGGAUGCGGACUAUGUUGUACAUCUCAUGAGAAGCAGUGGCAGGUACGAUGCUGUAUGAGUGGACAUUUCACGGUCUUAAAAAACCUCAUAAUUAGAAACUUCAAUAAAACCUAAUUAUACUCCUUAUUCGAGUAUAAAAUAUGAAGAUGGCGUGAUUAUCUAUCAAAAGAGUGAAAGAAAGCAUACCUCUCUGCAUGUUUUCUAUAAAAUAUAUUUCAAUUUAUAAGAUCAUCGAAAAUCAAUGUGAAAAUUGCAUGAUACGUAAGCAGUCCUUUUUUCCCGAGUACGCUUUCUACAGGCGAUCGAAAAGAAGUGCAUUCUAAGGCCGACAUCCUGGCGAGUCCGAAAUAUUAUAGGAUUAUGCCGCAUGCUAACCAAUCUUACAAUACCACUUAAGUAAUCCUUCUAAUCGAAAACGUAUUUCAGAAUUUCAGCCAACAUUUCAUGAGAUCGGUCACGCACUGUAGGUGUGCGGGCUCACGUUAUGCCAGCCACCUGCGCCCAAUCCCGCCUGUGGUCUUCCUACCUCUGUCUUGAUACCAGGUCCGGUAGGGUGAGGAAGAGAGAGGAUGCGACAGUCGCUGCGCAAGUCUAUCAUCCCCGUAAACUGAUUCACGCUCUAGUCACCGUCCUUGCACACACCCACCCUGCUGUGGGCCGCACGGUGGACAUCGCUGGAACCGACGUCCGGACUGUCAUGCUAAAGGGCCGGCACCACUCCGUGCACUAUUCCAACGCGCAUCUCUGGAGAGCAGGGGACUAGAUGAAACUGUUCUUUAGGGUGAUCUACGAAGGCGCCUUCAUUUGGGGGAUGUGCUGACAGCAAAACAACAUGGCGACUUACAGGACUGUUUGUUUGGUGGCUCCUGGUGUUUUUCUUGCGUCCAGUCAUGCCUGAGAGUACUUGUGAUAGUGGUAGCAGCUACUUUUGUAGGCUCGUGGGCCAAGCUCUAGUGGUGCCCAGUCAGCAUUUGCCGAGGGGUGGUGUCCCAGUGGCUUGUUUUGCUGGUUGCAGGGGGUGGCGCGUUCAAGUGGCGCAUGGGUAGCCGCGACACUGUGUGGACGCAAUUGUGCCCUAGCUGAAGUCAGUCUAGUGGCUUCAGGUCAGCUCGUCUGGGAGGGCUCGCGCAAGGGGUGAAUGACCUUGAGGCGGCGAGGUCUUGAACAAUGACACCGGACCAGUCAUGAUGGCUACCCGCUACAAGUCAUCACCAACGAGCCACAUCGAUCCCCGGCCCUUGCAUCUCGUACGGUUUGAAAACGCGCCUGCUCGGGCCUCAGGUGUUGUAAAACCUGGAGUUGAGUAUAGCUGGCUGAUAACGGCCAAUAGGCCGGAAUUGGCCGUCCCCAUCUAUCUUAUCCUUGUUGUUAAUAUCAUUCCAUCCGAUCGAAAACCGACAGGGCAACGGGCUCGUGGCCCAGUGGUUAGAGGCGUGGACUUCUAACUAACAGGUCGCGAGUUCGAGCCUCGGGUGUUCCACACUUCGGGGCUGGGCAUGACUGGCUGACGACGGCUAGUAAGCCAGAAAUGGCCAUUCCAGCCUCCCUUGUCUUUGUCGGUAAUACGCCUUCUGCCUAUAUCACGCGCCGCUGUGCGGCUGCUGGUUAGGCUCGAGAUGGAGCCCGUAAGGCACAACGGAACGAGUGAGUUCCGUAAGAACGAUCGCUAAGCGCCCCCUACCACUUACAGGACUGUUUGUUUAGUGGCUCUUUGGCUUAUUUCGAGACAGGGUUUUCUUACCGCCGAGAAUAGUUUGGAAACCGUAGGUUUCGCAAGAAAAGAUGAUUACUAUGCCGGCCGGAGCGCACUUGUAUCUGCCACACGAGUCCUUAAUAUCUUCUCGUUGGUGACUCGUUUACCUGUACCUAAUAGGGCAAUCAGAAAAUGUACGAUGUUUACGUGGCCCCGAAGAAGUUUAUUUCUUUAGUUUUGACUCAUGGUGUUGACCGAGUAAAACUGCAGAAGUCUUUCAAGCCUUCAGUAACCGCUGCACGUAGUAAUUCUCUUCGCCUCAUUGGAUCAGUUCCGAAGACCGUAAUCUUAUUCAUGAAACUAGAGAACUGUAAUUAUUUCUGACGGCACAAGGAAUAUGACCUCAGCACAUAAUCCACUUUGAAAUCCACUGCCCUCAUGUUCGAUCGGUUUCGUCGAUUAGUUGUGGUAAUUAGCAACGUCUCCGAGCAUUUGUGAACUACAUCUUACUGGCUGUUGCACUGCAUUGUUAUGAACCAAAUAUUUUGAUGCUAUCCUGCAGGAAACAGUACUCAGGUCCGUUUAAACAUCCACUUGUCAAGAGAAGCUUUUGAAUCCUGCUUAUUCAGUUUCGAAUGUGAACACAUGAUGUAGGUGGUCAGUCUCAUGAAAUGCUCGCCCAAGACUCUUAGAUGUGCUUCCAAUUAGAAAGAAUUACUUAGGUGGGGUUGUAGUCAUUGAUUAUCGUUCAGUAUAAAUUCGCAACGUUUCAGUCACGCCAGGGUGCCGAUAGCCCAUCGGUGACCGAGUAUUCCUGUGCGAUGGCGGAAUGCGCAUAGGCAGUGCGGGCAGUUGAGGAGACGACGACCGAUGUAUGUUCCUGUCCCAGACACCGGUUGGCCACAGCCUCUGUGCAGUGGGUUCGUAAGUGACCGAGUGACUUGCUUACUGAGUCAGCUGCGGUGUUACUGCUGAUGGUGGUGGCGCCGCGCUGGUGGAUGGGUAUUUGACAGUGCUGGAGAUGGGGGAGUUGUCGGCUGUGCUUGAUGCGUGAGUAUUGCAGUGAAUUCCACUGUCGCGGAUACCUAUGUGACCGAAUAGGUCCAUGCAGUCCUGUCGAUCUCACCUCCGAGCAAGAACGUAGUCCAGCAUCUGGCAGCGCCGCGAUGGUGAGUGCAUCCAGGUCGACCUCUUCCACGUGGUAAGACGGAAGAAAAUGUUGGUCAGGCGAACGCGUGUUCUGCGCAGGCUCACAGAAGGAGGGGGCCGUUAUCGUCGCAGCUGAUAAGACCGCGGGGGUCCAGAGUACCCCCUCCCAGACAGAAUGGUUUGUCCUGACGCAGGCAUUAAAUUAACCAAGGACAACCAGCUUGUCCGCUUUCGACACAGAGUUGCCAGGAGGGCGGGCAGGUCCUCGCAAAAUUCGUUCUUUGCCUUGUCGGAGUUGGUUGUUGGGAGGACGUCGGCGCUGAUGAUGAUGAUGAUGAUGGUGGCGAAUUUGUCUCCCCAACGUUGCGUCGUUCUGUCUUUGAGCAGCUGCUGCUGCAGAAGAAGGUGUAGCCUGCACCCACCUCCAUUUAGCCUUUUUUCGGAAAAGCGGGUCUCGCUGAGGGCAGCGAUGUCAAGCGCGCCACCUCUCGAGUGACUAGCGCCCAUCCUACAGUGCAGGUUUUCCGGAGCCUCUUUGAAUUAGUCCUUUUAUACUCCUGUAGGCAAACACGUACAGUGCCUGACCGAUCUCAUGAAAUGUUGUCCGAAAUUCUGAAAUAUGUUUCCGAUUAGGAAGGAUUACUUAGGUGGGGUUGUAAUAUUGAUUAGCAUGCAGCAUAAUCCUAUAGCUUAUCGGACUCAGCAGGAUGUCGGCUUUUGGAUGCACUCCUUUCUGACCUUCUGCAGAAACCGCGAUCUGCAAAAAAUGACCACCUUAGUAGCAUGCAUUUUUCGUAUUGCUUUUCGAUGGCCUUGCAAAUUCAAAUAUAUUUUAUAGAAAGCGUGAACGAAAUAUACCUUCUUUUGCUCGUUCGGUAGAAAAUCACACUGUCUUCAUAUUGUAUACCUGAAGAAGGUGUAAGCCGGUAGGUUCAUUAUUACGCUUGACCAAGGUGGUAGACAGGCGGCUGCAUGGUAUGCGUUAGUUGGGUUGCCCUGUGUCUGCUAAACUUGCUCACUGUUGACAUACUUACAGGUGGCAAGCCCUUGUAGCGGCACAGCAGAGAUAUUAUGUGCAGCAUGUGAGCUACAAUCGUCAGGCCAAAUUCCAUGUUUGAAGGGAGAAGACAAAGGGGACCAGAAUAAGGGGUUUAUUGUGCACAGAACCCGGAGUUGUCCUCUCAGGCGACAGUGGCCACUGACGAAGCCAGGGCUGUUGUUGACUGCCUCCAGUCAGGCCUGAGAGUCCCUGAGACAGUGGUGGCAACCGCUUUUGUAGGCUCGUGGGCCAAGCUCAAUUGGUGCCCAGUCAGCGUGCGUUGCAUUUGCCGAGGGGUGGUGUCCCAGUGGCUUGUUUUGCUGGUUGCAGGGGGUGGCACGUUCAAGUGGCCGCAUGGGCAGCUGCGACUGCGUGGACGCAGGUAUGCCCGAGCUGUUGGUCGUGUGACUUCAGGUCAGCUCGUCUGGGACGGCUCGCUGCAAGGGAUGAAUGAUCUUGAGGCAGCGAGGUCUGGAACAAUGACGCCAGAACGGUCAUGAUGUCUGGAUGUUACACCCUAAACGUAGGCCCACGCCAUGCCAGCCGCUGCGCCCAUUCUUAUCGUCAGUCAAACGUCAGACUCGGACGGGCCACUGGUACAGUAGGUAGGCUAACUCGUGAAAUGUCAACCGAAAUUCCGACAUACGUUUUCGUUUCGAAAAGAUUCAUUAAGCAGGAUUGUAAAACUAAUCAGCCUGCAACAUAAUUCUAUAAUAUUUCAGUUUCCUCAGAAUGCCGACUUUCGAAUGAACUUCCUUCUGUCUGCAUGCAAAGAAUACACUCUGUAAACAUUGACUACAUAUGUAGCAUGAAUUUUUCUCAUUGAUUUUCGAUGUCUUUAAAUGUCCAAUUAUAUUUCAUAGAAAGCAUGCAUUAAAAUAUUUUAUCUUUUGCACAUUCGGUAUAUAAUUACGUCUUCUUCUAAUUUGAUGCCCGAAGGAGGGACAUAGUUCGGUCUUAAUUAACUGCCUAAUUGUAGGACUUUGAAAUACCGUGUAAUGGUUGUUCAUAAAUCGUCAUGCCUCUGCAUUUACCACUGUGGCUCGAAAAGUUAACACUAUGAAUCAAAUCCAUCGCUACAUUUAAAAACCCUAUAUAGUCCCCCUAUAUUACCGUAGAGAAAUUUGUGGUUUUCCGUACGCGGAAAUUAUACAGUUUGUAGCCUGGAAAUUCUGAAUGUAAGUGUAAUUGUAGAGCGGGUUCAAAAUUAUUCGGGAACUCGAAACGCUUUCGAACUCCAAAUUAUACCCUUCCUUCGAGUAUAAGAUUUGAAGUAGACUAUUGUUCUACCGAAGGAGUGAAAGAAUGAAUUUUUUUGUGUAUCUUUUCUAUGAAAUAUAAUUGGAAUUUUAGAGGCAUCGAAAACAAAUGAGAAAAAUGCAUGCUAAAUAAGUAGUCAUUUUUUACACAGUGUAGUUUCUGCAUACAGUCGGAAGGAAGUUAUUUCGAAAGCCGGCAUCCUGGAAUAUUAUAGAGUUAUAUUGCAGGCUGAUUAGUUGUACAACCCAACUUAAUUAAUCUUUUCGAAACGAAAACGCAUUUCGGAAUUUCUGUUGACAGUUCAUAAGUUAGCCCACCUACUGUAUGGUUUUUCUGUCUGUUUGUGGGAUAAUGGCAAGUGUGUUGGCUUCCUCACGCGAUUUGUGAAUUUGUUCCGCACCGUAUGAAGGGCCAGGCCAAAUUUGCUGCAAUAGGCAAAUUGUGCCUUUAGCACUUUACACAUCCUUAUUUUAGUCGAGCGAAUGGACAGAAUUGAUGUUUGAUAUGAACCUCGGAUGAAUGCCAGACAAGAAGCCUGUAGUGCAUGCAAAGGAGAAUGACGAAAACUUCUUUCCUCUGCACUUAAGCAUAUUAGUCAACGUAGUGUGGUCGCACAGGUUGUCGGCAACGCCCACAUGAUUAAUUGCUUCCUAAGACCUAUUUUUGCAUGGACUCUGGCGAACACAUUUUAGUCAGCAGAUGUCUCUCGAAGCGGUUGUGAUACAAUUACAGCGGCAAAAGGUUCCCUCGUGAGAUCUUGCAAACCCUCACUUGAUUCCAUUCUCGGAGACAGUCUUAGACGGCGCAGAGGUAUGCAUUAUCCGCAGUCUGUUCGGGAGGUGCUCAUCCCUUCGGCGUCGUGUACCUAUAGGCACAUUCAGUUUCCGCCUAGAUGUCUAAUAAUGUUUUACUGCAAUGUGUUUUAUUCAAGUUUAUUGUGCUUGUAUGUAGAAGGCGGGCUUCUAGGUCUCGUGGAGCAUAUCACUUUUUUGAUUGACUCUCUAAGCGUGAAGAAUGAACUCAGCGGCCUUACCUUUUAUCUGAAACGCCGUCGGUAAUGCGAUCAACGAUAAAAGCCUGAAGGGGUCGCACGUCAACCGAAAAUCGCGGCAUUAGGAACAAAGGGCACUCUCCGAAGUAAAAGUUAUUCCUCUACGCCGCCACCCCAACAGACCAGCUCUAGGGCAUUCUUAUGGAAAGGCUCGGUUCAGAGAAGUUCUUUUCUUUGCAGUUAGUAAAUGAUGUUCUCGAGUGGUUUGUUGGCGGCGCGACUUUGUAACACUUAGCUUGAGUGCUUGUUUAUUGUUGCUCAGAUAAUGCAACAAACGUUGCUGGAAAAGGUGUCGCUGGAAGCCGAGCCAGGAGUAGUUGUACUCACUGCAGCUACUAAGCUCGGAUUAAUGUUCACGCUUAUUCUUAUGCAGUCAGUAAUCCAGUAGUAAAUUUUAUCUGCCUGAUGAAGCGAAAAUACGUACAUAUUUGAACAGGACUGAAAAUCCGACGGCUAGAGCCAAAAGCCAACUUUCCUCUGAUUCUGAAAAAACAGGUGCACCUGUUAAAUGGCUAGUUAUUCGUUGUGUGUCAUUUGUUUUAUAUGCCUUUAGGCUCUUACGUUAGUAAUUUGCAGAAUGCUAUUCAAGUGCGAGGUAGUUUGGACAAUCGAAGAAGAUCCUGGAUGGUCGAUAUGGGAAUUCAGCACAUUUUAAUGAAUGACGUUUGAUAUUUACUAGGAAAAAUAUGCAAAUUUAUUCAACGAAAACACAAGCUGCCCAUCAAUGAUUAUCGAUCAUUUUCACGACUGCCCAUCAACUGACCCUCCAUGUUGCUUUCCAUUCCCUUGAUUUACACGAAUCCCUGUGCCUUAACUUUAUCUUCUCAAACGCACUUUUCUCAGUGCCUUUUUUCAUAAUUUGUCCCACCUGUGUUAAUGUUGAUUUUCUGGAGGCAUCUUAUCCUGUGUGUAGACUAUUCCUUAGCCUUGCUGUACGGUGACAAGCAGGAAGUGAUCAGCAUUUGUAAAUGUUUGUGGACGGGGCUUGGUCUUGAAGUCGCACUUUAUUUAAAUUAAAAUAAUCUUAAUAGGUAUGAUUUCGUUGACUUUACUUAUAACACUUGUUUGCGCCUUCCUUACUGUUUUAAUCCAACGAGUAUCUGUGCCUCGGGGAGAUGUUUAUACGCCAGCCUCGGUUACAUCAAGUAUCAAUUUACACGCGCUUCCCUGCGCGUGCUUCGAGCCCUGCUUGCGCCUACUUUACUUUUUUAGUUCAGGGAGUGACUAAGUUGGCUUGCUAAGAAAAUUUUCCGGACGGUGUGGAAAUCCAACGCUUCCCCUAAAGUGGCCAUACGCUGCAGAUUAAGAGGCGGUUCCCUUCAUGACCUUUCAGUUAUUUAUUGGUACCAAAAAAUUUCGCGACGGCUCUUCAGCUGCGUCCUGUCGCUUCAUAAGAGAGAAAAGGAGUGAGAAGAAUACAACAGAUUUAAAUUCGUGCAGAAAAUCAAUGCAGAACAGCAAGGUCAGGGUUUUGGGCAAAGCUGGCUAAUCGAUAAAGCUAGUAACACAAACACCGUAGGGGAAGAAAGUGAAAAAGGGGAACGUUAAAGAGCAAAAAUGAGAGGAAAGAGGGGGAAUCAUGGAGCUAGAGACCACCAUGGCAAUGUUAGGUUAACCACGUGCUCCAAUUGUUUACAAAGAUCUGGUUUCACUCGUCGUAUAUAGGCCGCUCAUUCACCAUCUUCUUGAUAGCCACGAAGUGCUUAUUCGUUAGACCUACAGGAAGUGGUGCAUAUGCCUCCUUGUCACUGCAGAUUUGGUUUCUAAUAAGGAUAAAGUGCGGCAGAGAUCUCAUUGACUGACGUACAUUCGAAAACUUCCUGAAGUAAUCUCCCGAAAAUUAAAAGGCUUCGGCAUCUCGAUCGCUCACAGGCCUCCUCCAUACGCGCAACAUUAUGCCAGGUAAAGGACGCGGUACCUAAAUAACAAGUAAAUAGCAUCGUGUACCGCAUCCUGUGCGCCAACUGCCUUUGUGUAGAUAUUGGCGAUAAGGGCCGACGUCUGGUGACUUGCGUUAACGAACAUAUGCUAGCCAUCCUCCGAUGUGACCCUCUGCCUCUCUUGUUUGCCCAUACCCUUGAGUAUGGUCACCGGCUCACUUAGGACGGUACUGAAUUCUUCGCAAUGACUAACACCAGACGGGCUCGAGAAUUCCUCGAAGCUUGACAUUUAAACGCCGCCACCACCACCACCACCACCACCACCACCACCACCACCACCACCAACCGCCAUGUCGCUUUAGACGCUCAUUAUGGGGGUUUAUGCACACGGUCACUGACUUGUUCCCACAACCUAACAACUACUACUUCCUAUUCGGCCACGUAGAAUUUCACUAUCUUGCCACCUCUCCCACUCCAUUCGACACGGCGAAGCACAACCGAAACUCCUAACAUCUUCAACGCCGGCGUACUGACCCCUGACCUCAUCCCGCAUCAAUAACAAACCGCGGCCGUUUCCACGGAUCCACAAUUCUUCCGCUCCACCUUCUCUCACGUCAAACGAUUUGAACAGAGCUUGCUAGACUAUUGGAAUAAAGGUUAUGGAUUGGACAAGACAGUUAAACAUUUUCCAGAAAAGAGUGCUUAACUGUCAAGAGUAAAUCGUCGUUCUGGCCUUUCUCUGUCGUGCUUAGGUACAGGAGUUAAUGGCUUACUCAAAUUGUCGAUUCUAUUUCACACAUUUUCAGAUCUCGAGGGGAUGCUAAGCAAGGUGGUCUGCGCGAUGUUUGCAGUUCGCGCGUUGAACUUAAAUAUGCACAUCUUACAAAUUCUUCCAAUAGGUACAGUGUUAUGAACGAAAUUAUUUUGUUGUUCAUGAGAAAUGUGAAGUUCAUGAAGCUAUGCCUGCCAGUGGCGCAAAAUAAAAGUGAAGUUAGCGAAACUGCUUUUUAAAUUCGCUUCCAUACACGGCUUUCUCACUAGGUUUGUGUGUAACAAGGUAAUCAGUUACAAACGUGGUUAGUUAUAUUGAUUGAAUGCGGAUGUUAUAACCGAAAUAGACGAUCAAAGUAGCUGUGUGCUAAGGAGCAAUUAGAUAAACGCUACUUUGUUUUACGGCACCUGGGGCAAAAGUGGCAUAAACUGUCCUUCAGGGUAGUAACAUCUUAUUUUAAUUUGAAGCUCCGAUUCGACGUCUGAGUAGACGGUCACAGCGAGCAAAAGGUGACGUCGGGGCUAAACUUACGGAACCUGCACUCCAACCGCCCCGUGGCUCGAUCUGUCUGAUGACUCAGAUAUGACCAGGCCUGCUAGGAAAGGCAGUCAUAAUUAUGCUUUUUAGAAACUAUAUAAUAUCACAUAAGCUCAUUGUUUAAGUCGAUAAAAAGACAGCAAUCCACAGCCGAGGAACAGCAUCUGCAAUCCGUAGAUGACAUACCUCUGAGGUAUUUCUGCUAAUAGCGCUGGAUUAUUCGUUUGAGUCUGUUCACUGACAUGCCUGUAGUGGAGUCCCAAAUAGGACGAAGGCAGCAACAUUGCUUCCUAAAGAAUAACGUGUACGUCUAUAAAAAAACCUUCUAGAAAUAAGAGAUCGACAUACCUAGAGACCGUCAUUCUGGAGUUUUCGACGUUUAAAUUCCCAUGCAGGUUUUUAGGUUUUACCGAAGUCUUCAUAAACCUUGAUUUCGGCCCAAAGAUUUUCAGACACGCGAGUUCGAUGAACGCUAGGCAUAGUGGUCAGCGUACUUUGUUGAAUUAUCUUAAAUGGAUUCGCUCAUUACGCCCACACACACUUAGCUUGUGACGGAUUCUUCGCAUCAUGUGAUUUGGCUUAAUGCUUUUUGGUAGCAUGGUCUAUUUUUAUGCAAUUUUCAUUUGUUUCCUCUUCAUCAAUGACUAUAACAAACUUUCCUAAGAAGCUUAAUGCGUAUCGUUCACUUUUCCGAGGGGGCUCAGUAAAGACAACUUUUUAUCGAUCGGAAGAAGGUUCGAUAGAAGUUUGGGAAGGAUAUUUUUAGCUGUAGUCAAGAUAAAAAGGACUUGUCUAAUUAUUCCUGGGAGGUUAAAGUGUUAGUGAUUCUGCGUCAAGCUGUGCAUUCACGAAGAAGUAAUGAUCAAUGAGGCAUUGCGUGCUAGUAAAUCUGUUCACACGCGGAUCAAUUGAUUUUAUCCCUCAAUUCUGUCCUAGGUUCAACAGUCAAUUCAGCGACCAAUUAACAUACUAUUUCUUUUAUGCCAACGAGCGUGUGAUUUCUAACUAACUAAAGAAAAUACAGGAGAUUGACUCGCAUCGUCAUUGUGUCCAAUUGAACAUCGAACCAACGACGUCGGUCGACGGACAAAUAAAACCAACAAAUAGUAGGAAUUUAAAGUGUUCUAGAAUAUGCACGGCUGGAAUUGUUGCAAACUCUUUCAUACACUACUUAAGCAUCAAAGUGGGACCACCGUCUGUAACACAACUGACUACAUUUCUUCGGUACUGUAACAGACUAAAUUAGAUAAGAAAUGUUUCACCGCACUUUGGCCUUCGUAUCAAAUAAAAUCCUAUUUUAGGCCAUUCGAUCGAAAUUGAUAUAUUGCUUUGAUGAAAUCCAUUAGCUCCCCACAAUGCGAAUCGCGGUAGAUGGAUGUUCUGCUUUGCGUCAACUAAUUUGUACCCCCUAACACCCAAACAGCAAACCUAAUGCAUGUCCGGUUCAUAUAAUUAAGACAUUCACACGCGUUUCCCCUUUUAUUUUCUGUCAUGCUUUCCCCCCAUAGUUCCUCCACCAGGCGACAGAUAUGCUUUUAUAAAAAUUUAUAUAAAGUUGGGAGUUCCGUCUCCGUAUUUGGAGACAUUGUUUGCGUCCACGAAACUUUUUUAGCCUCCGAACAUCUAGUCUGUGCCUAAGUACUGUAGGUGGGCUAACUCAUAAAAUUUCAACAGAAAUUCCGAAAUGCGUUUCCGUUUCGAAAAGAUUAAUUAAGUAAUGUUGUAAAAAUAAUCAGUAUGCAGCAUAAUUCUGUAAAAUUUCAAUUACCUCAGAAUGUCGGCUUCGAGAUGUGCUUCCUUCCGGCUGCAUGCAAAAACUACACUCUGUAAGAACCGACUACGUACGUAGCAUGAAUUUUUCUCUUUGAUUUUCAAUGUACCUAAAAGUCCACUUAUAUUUCUUGGAAAACAUGCAUACAAAUAUUCAUUUUGUCGCUCAUUCGGUAGAUAAUUACGUCUUCUUCGAAAGAAGAAUAUAUUUCUAUUUCUACAAUCUUUUCCAAUUCCCGAGUAAUUUUAAACUCGCUCUACCGUCAUCCUUGGAUUCAGGGUUUCCAAACUACGGGCCAUAUAUUUUCCGCGUACAGAAAACCACACAUUUUUAUACGGUAAUAGAGGAGGACCAUAUAGGGUUCACAAAAUGUAGCAGUGGAUUCGAGCCAUACUGUCAGCUCUACAAGCCACUACGGUAAAUGUAAAGACGUGAGAAUUUAUGAACGGUCAUUCCGUGGUAUUUAAAAGUCCCACAAUUAGAAACUUUUUAAAACAAAUUAUGUCCAUCCUUUGACUAUAAAUUUAGAAGCAAACGAGUGGAAGAGUGUAUAUGUUUAUGCAUGUUUUCCACGAAAUUUAAGUGGACUUCUAGGGACAUCGAAAAUCAAUGAGAAAAAUCCAUGCUACGUACGCAGUCGUUUCUUACAGAGUGUAGUUUUUGCAUGCAGUUGUAAGGAAGCACAUCUCAAAGUCGGCAUCCUGAGGUAACUGAAUUAUUAUAGAAUUAUUUUGCAGACUGAUUAUUUUGACAAUCCUACUCAAUUUAUCUUUUCGAAACGAAAACGCAUAACACAAUUUUGGUUGACGUUUCAUGAGUUAGCCCACCUACUGUACGUGUGAGAGAGAAUAGAAAGGCCGACACUGAGGUGCCCCUCUUCAUGACAAAUCAGCACAUUCCCCUCUAGAAUAAAGCUGAUGAUCUAAUGCUCGCGGCUUGAGAUGUUACCAGCCGACCGAGUAACUGGCUCUUUCUUUGGGACAUGGAUCAACCCGCAAUAACUCCUUGCUCUGACCUUCGUGGCACCCUCAUCUAGGCAAAUUAGCACUGCACCCGUUAGACAGUGGUGGUCCCGUGUCUUGCAGUGGACAAGCAGUCUGCUAAGGACAGCUUCAAUACGAUUGAGCCCUAUGGUGCACCCAAGCACCAUCAGUUCUGCCACCGACCGGACGCAUAAUUGCUAAGAUUGUUUGCGCCACAAUAAUCUCAGUGAGGGCGGACAGUUUGGUCGGACAAGGGAGUCCUUGUCAGCGGGUUCUGCCGUUCGACUGGUAAAAGUCAGUGCAAUGCUGAAGGACAGUGAGCUUGCGGAUGGUUAGACUGAGGUUAACUGUCGUUGUUAUAGCAUAGGCGGUGAGAGUCACAAAUUGUGCACCCAGGCCUCCGCAGUGAACCUUGUGAUAUCAAGUCUCCAGGGAGAUUUUGGUAUCUAUUUUGUGUUCGUCAUGGCGGUUCUCGUCCAACUGGAAGCGGUAAUAGCUGUCAAUUACGUGCACCAAGACGAGAGGCGAGGAGCCAUGUCGACGCAGUGUCAGUUACUAUUCGUUAAUUCGAGUCUCAAAGCAUCGAACUGCUUGACAGACGUACUCGCAAGAGCAAUGGGCACCUGAAAUGCAGCAACUGCGUUAGUCUGUUGCCCUUUGAAGAUGGGAUCUGUUGCUCAAGAGUGCACUAUGCGCAAAGGGGACACAGACAUGUGAGCGAUACAUACACCAAGCCACUAUAGUCGCCUAGUGAUCGCUUCAGAGGUCCCCUGUAUACAAGGCAAGGAGCACAAUCUUCCCUGCACUCGUUAAGACUGGAGCCUUUUAGCUGUCCCUGCCGUCCGAGUCAGGUUUCCGUUACACCGGAAUUGUCGAUGUGAUUUGGUCGACGCUUUCUUAAGCAGGCGGCCUCUGCUGUAUUAACGGUAGGUCUGGUGAAACGGAGUUCGGACGCGACCUCUUCUGUGUGCUGCCAGAUGACUGUUUUCGUAAUCGGAGAUGAUAUCAGCACCAGAGUCUUUAGAUGGACACUUUUUACGAGGUUGUUACAACGAAGUCCUUGUAUGCUUGCAUGCAAGAAGGGGGGGGGGAGGGCACUCUCCAGCUGUGUCUUCACUGGUGAAUUUUACAGCUGAGAAGACACUGUUCAGCCUUUGAUGUAAUUGCUCACUAUCCGUUACGCCUUAGGAUAACGGAGACCUUACCAAGGUUCAAGUGGAACUUCGGGUGGAACCCUGUUCUAAUCGUUAUGAGACUGGUUCAGCGGGCUGUCUCGAUAUUGGCGAGUUCACUGGGUUCCUCUUAACUCGUCGAAUUGACGAUACUUCUGGAGGCAGCUAUUGAAUAUUUGCAAGGGAUGUUGCAUUUGAAUGUUAGUAGGAUCUUCCUGUUAGCAUUAACCUAUGCCUCCAAUACCAAAUUAUCCAGUAUUAACCAAAAACAGCGAAAUUAUGUCAAAAAGACAUAAUUUGAAUUAGGCUGCAUUUUGAUGCCAGCAGGAAUUUCCUUGAAGCAGUGAGUUGCGCUUUCAGUGGUAAAAAAAUUGAAAGGAUGCGUGACAGUUGUUGAUAUCGUGGUACGGUCGCGUGCCAUCGUUUGGUAGGAUCUAAAAUUAGGUGCUCCCAUGGGACGCGCAACAAUCAUCAUUAGCUCACCUGCUUUAUGCACCCCCGGGUGACCAUUUGCUUGUACAGUAGCCUAUCUCUGUGGGCCUUGUGGUCCUAAGGACAUAUGAACUUCUGUCAGACAGAUUCACUGAAUGCGUCUGCGUUUUACUCCCUGAUUUCCUAAUUGCUCGAGAUCUCAUAAACGUCGAAAAGCCAUUAUGACAUGGCCGACUUCGACCUGGUAAUUGGUUGCCUGUUCGUGAUCUUUGCCACCCAUACGGAGCUUGUUUACUUCGUGAAGGCAAUAGCUCGGCAUGCGCCCAUUCCUGAUUGAAUAAAUACCCGAUCUGCAGCGACAGAGAAUGACAGGUGGCGAGGCACUGAUGAACUUCGGCUCGAUGAAGUGCUUAUGACCCAUCUUGUAGACCUCAGCAGUGGAUCAACUGCGCCAGGUGCGUCUGUGCGCAUGUUUGUGUUUCCGGUCCCAGCUGCUGGCCGGGGUUAUGAUGGGCUGAAUGAAGGCAGAAUAAACCCGAAACAGUGCUGUAUCAAUCUGCCCACAUUCUCUGUCGUCCGUCCUCGCUGCUAUUAUGACUUGGCCGACUUCGGCCUGGUAAUUGGUUGCCUGUUCGUGACCUUUGCCACCCACAACGGAGCUUGUUUGCUUCGUGAAGCCAAUAGAUCGUUGUGCGCCCAUUCCUGAUCCAAUGACAAGUAUUAAAAGGCUGCCCCCUGCCUGCUAGUGAGUCCCAGCUGCUAACUGGUGCGCCUAGUUUUUCGAAUUUUUACCACCGCAUUGAGCCACUUAUUGUUUGGAGAUCUGGACAUUCGUUCCGCUCGUUCACAAAGCCAGCAGGUUUCGCCCCAUAACGGCCAUGGGCGUCAUACUAUCGGGGUCAGCUAACCGACCCUCAUAGGUAAACCGACCCGCCUCUCGCGUACAGACAUCUUUUCCGCGUCUGGUGACACCUAUGGUCUCAUUGGCGCCCCUGGGGAAGAGGAUGUGGGAGGUCCAACUUUUGUUUUUGACCUUGAACGCAGACAGUCUAGUCCAGCGUCAGGUAAAUGCAUACUUUUUCAUUUUAGGCCGAAAAUAUCUACAACGACGAGGAGCUGGAUAUCGGCGGGUUGGAGAUGGAGCGGCACGCCUAA